AUGUUGGCAGAUCCAGCCACAAGAGAACUUCUCUGUUACAGAGCAAACUGGGAAUCUGUAGCUGGUCAGCUAACCGACAUUUUUGAUAGUGACAAUUACAAACAGUUGGUACAGCAGGGCCUGUUCUCCAAUCCCGAUGAUAUUGUUAUUGGGCUUUAUACCAAUAGGUUUGUCAAUCAAAAGAAAGGCAAAAACUCAUAUACCAUCAUCCAUUGCAUAAUAUUCAACCUAGACCCAUCCAUCAGACGGCAUGGCAUGUACUUUGAUGACAUUUCCGCCCGGUUAAGACCUAUGGAAGACUUCAAAGUAGGUAACCCUUCGAAGAACAUAUACCAGCUGAGAAUAUAUACCCAACUCUCAACCUUCUCUGGAUCAUCAUUUUUUGCAUUAGAUGAACUUCAUUUAAUUGCAAGAGGGAUUGGAAAGCUUGUGUAUGACCUGAUUACCGUCACCCUCACAAAGGAAACCAAAUUUUAUUAUACCCAUCCAGACAAUACCCUCAAUACCACCAAAUACGCUUUUCAUAUACCAAGAGCAGAUCUGGUUGCGCGCUUGCCUUGCAAUGGACGUAGACAUCAGAAUUGCUUGAUGAGAUGGAGUCAUACUUCAAGCACUGGCACUCGUUUUUAUACCAACAAGUCCAGAAUAAUACCCUGUCUUGUAGUGUUUUCUGACCAGUGCAACAUUACCUGGUCCAUAUACCCUAUAUCAUCAAGCAGCAAGACCCCCUGCGAUGCUACUCCACUUGCUCAAUGGAGAGAUUUUCUCAUCGAGCGAUUUGCGAUUCACAAUUAUACCAGCAUGGCAAUCAGCAUCUGUGAUGAAAUCAACCUCAUUCGGCCAAAGCCAUAUGGAAGAGAGAGCUACGUGGACCUUCCUAAUGAUCCUAGUGGUGCGCAGUUGUGGGAGCCGUUUCAUCAGUUUGUUAAUUUGAACGAUGAUUUGGUGGAAGGUGUAGGCGGCCCUAGUGUGAAGGAAGCUUUAUUGAAAUACUACCAGAGAACAACAGGCUUGACUGGCCACGAGUUUGGUGACUCUGUUGUUGUUGUAGCUGCACGUCUGUGGAUGGACUUGACUGUAUAUUCCUCAUGCAUGUACCAAAGAAAGAAAAACGAGACCAGCCGUGGCAACCAUUACGUGAUGUUUACUUGCCCCUAUAGAAACAACCGUAAUGUAAUUGUUCACAGCUGGCUCGUCGGUACAGUACAGUUCUACUUUCAGCAUGUAGAUUUCUAUGACUUUUCACACUUUCUUGCUUUCGUGGAGGUCAUGAAGGAACAUGACGUGACUGGCUAUGACUCAUCAGUACCUAUUGACAAACAAUGGUCACAAAGCACCCAUACACUAGGCCACCAAACGCAACCAACUUAUGCAGUUAUAAGUGUAAAUGACAUUUGUCAUCAAGUUGGUCUGAUCCAAUACCCACCAAAUAGAAACCAGUUUUAUGUAAUCGCGCCCUAUUAUAUCUUUAACAACAACAUGCGCAUUACUAAAGGCAAUCUUUCCAUUCUGUAA